CUGGAGACCUACGGCUGCCAGAUGAACGUCAGUGACACCGAGAUCGCCUGGGCCAUCCUGCGGGAGAGCGGCUACACCAGGACCAGGGAGCUGGAGGAGGCAGAUGUGAUUCUCCUUGUCACCUGUUCUGUGAGGGAGAAGGCAGAGCAGACCAUCUGGAAUCGCCUGCGGCACCUGAAGGCGCUGAAGGCGCGGAGGCACCGGGGCCGCCCCCCCCUGCGCAUCGGGAUCCUGGGGUGCAUGGCUGAGAGGCUUAAGGAGGAGAUCCUGCACAAGGAGAAGCUGGUUGAUAUCGUGGCAGGCCCUGAUGCCUAUCGUGACCUGCCCCGGCUGCUGGCUGUGGCCGAGUCUGGCCAGCAGGCUGCCAAUGUCCUGCUGUCACUAGAUGAGACCUACGCGGACAUUCUUCCCGUCCAGACCAGUGCAGGAGGCAUCACAGCAUUUGUGUCCAUCAUGCGGGGCUGUGACAACAUGUGCAGCUACUGCAUCGUGCCCUUCACCCGCGGCCGAGAGCGGAGCCGCCCCGUCGCCUCCAUCCUGCAGGAAGUGCGGGUGCUCUCAGACCAGGGAGUGAAGGAAGUGACCCUUUUGGGUCAGAAUGUCAACAGCUUCCGAGACCUGUCGGAGGUGCAGUUCCAGGCAGCCCCUGCCCCCAGCCUCAGCCGGGGCUUCACCACCGUCUACAAGGCCAAGCCCGGGGGUUUGCGCUUCGUGCACCUUCUAGACCAAGUCUCCAGAAUUGAUCCAGAAAUGAGGAUCCGUUUCACCUCUCCACACCCCAAGGAUUUUCCUGAUGAGGUCCUGCAGCUUAUCCAUGAGCGACACAACAUCUGCAAACAGCUCCACCUCCCAGCCCAGAGUGGGAGCACACGGGUCCUGCAGGCCAUGCAGCGAGGAUACACAAGAGAAGCAUAUAUAGAGCUCGUGCACCACGUGCGCAAGUGCAUCCCAGGAGUGAGCCUGAGCAGCGAUUUCAUUGCUGGCUUCUGUGGAGAGACAGAAGAGGAUCACCAGCAGACCCUGUCCUUGCUGCGGGAGGUGCGCUACAACGUGGGGUUCCUGUUUGCCUACAGCAUGAGACAGAAGACCCGGGCGUCCCACCGGCUGCGGGACGACGUGCCGGCGGCGGUGAAGCGGAGGCGGCUGGAGGAGCUGGUCGCUGCCUUCCGGGAGGAGGCUGCCCGAGCCAACGGGGCCAUGGUGGGCCAGGCCCAGGUGGUGCUGGUGGAGGGGCCCAGCAAGCGCUCUGCCUCCGAGCUGUGCGGCAGGAACGAUGGGAACAUCAAGGUGAUCUUCCCUGAUGCUGAGAUCCCGGACGCUGCGGGCGGCGGGGAGCUGCUCCGCGCCCAGCCAGGGGACUACGUCCUGGUGAAGGUGACCUCUGCCAGCUCCCAGACCCUGAGGGGGGUCCUGCUGUCCCGUACCACCCUGUCCCGCUCUGCAGCUGCUCACUGA